GCUCAAAUUUGAUCUUAUAGCUUACAUAAAUAGAAGAUGAGUGCAAAUUUUGAGCUAUUGAAGCCACAAAACAUUAUUCAUGAAGGUUUUGCAUCCGCUAAUCCAAAAAUUAGAAUAUUUAAGUGGUCUAGACCUAACAUUCAAUAUAAGUUGAACGUAGAUGCACCAUUCUUACAUGACUCUUCCCAAGGUGGAGCGACUCUGUGCAACAGAGUUGGAGAUUUGAACUUCGGUAUAUGCUUCUAUAUCACAACGGAUUCGGUCUUCGAACUGAGAUUAAAGUUGUACAUCAUGCGACUAUCAAAGCAACAACGCUGGGAUUUGGUCUUGGCGAUUUCGAUGCUUCAAGAUGCCAGUUACUACGGCAGAUGGAAAGUCUACGCUGAUGAGAUACGAAGGGUUUCCAAAUUUGCUAAGCUCGUCUUGAGACCCCUAUUUAGAGAAGGUAAUUGAGCUGCUAAUUACUUAGCCCAUUUGGAUUUGGACUCCUUUGAAUAAUUUAUAUUGACAUAAUUGCAAUUUACCAUUAUUAGUUAGAAAAUUCAUUAUUGCUGAUUCAUUUGGUUAUUCUUUUUUUGCAGUUAUUUCUAUUCAUUAAUCUUUUCUUUUUAGUAAAAACAUUUUAAUAUGCUUUUCUUUCACAUGUGUCAUAGCAAGAUAUUUUAAUCUGAAAUGUGCCAUGUGAGCUACCAAACAUAAAAACUCAUACAAAAUUAUUCUUGUUAAAAAAAAGUCUUUUUAUGUUGAAAUGUUGAAUUGGAAUUAUUACAACAUUUUGAAAGACGCGUUCAUAUGAACAAUGCUUGAAAAGAUCAUACUAUAAGGAACUAUCAAAAUAAUACUUUGGUAACAUUUUUGGAUGUCUCUCUAUUAUUGUCUCAUACGAUAGUAUCAUAUUUGGUAACAUUUGUGUGGAUCUAAUUCAUUCUUAUUUUAUUCCUACUUUAUCAACUCAUUAUCAAUUGCAUAAUUCUACUUUUUUUUUAAAAACACCACUUCAUCUCGUCCCAAUAUUAUGGGGACAGAGGUAGUAAAACAUAAAUAGAUAUAGGUCCAAAAUAAAGGUAGAUCGGUAGAACAUGUCGUUGAACACUUCUAGAAAGCAAGCAUAUGUGUGUGUGUGAUAACACAUUUGCACAUUACAUGGGUGUCCAAAAUAAAGGUAGAUUAAUAGAACAUGUCAUUAAACACUACAUUUAAUACUAGUAUGUGUCUUUGCAUGUGUGAAGAAACGAUUCAAUUCAACUUCAACUGAUCGCUCAAUCACUCUUUCAUACGGGAGGUCUCGAGUUCGAAACUUCAUUGAGAGAGUUUCCGUCCUAUCUUACCCCAGGCUCUCCCUGUCUCCCAGGCCCCUCCCCUCCGACCCCGGGUAAAAAAAUGUGUGUGUGCCUGUUUUGCUCAUUAUAAGUGUGCGUUCUCCAAAAGCCUCUUCAAGAACGAGAGCCCUUCUCUUAGUACCAAGAUGGCCUUUUAUCCAACGCUUACGAUUCAAGUGGAUUCUCCUACCACGUUUAGCUCUUAUUAUCAACAUUAAUUACCUCUCUAGUCUCUAUACUCAACCAAGUGAACUUAAUGGUGAAAGCCUCUUACUCCACCUAAAAUUUUGUGAUUAAAGAUUUUGCUUGGUAACAAGUAUCACAACUGGGGAUGGCAACGGGGCAGAUCGGGACGGUUUACAUAUAACCGUAACUGCCAUGUAGGGUAAUUUCCCCGCCCCGUAACCGCCCCAUUACCCAACAGGUAAUUUUUACCCAAACCAUAACCGCCCAAUGGGUAACGGGUAAAACUUCGGGUAACCACGGGUAACCGCUUAUUAAUUGAGUCAUUAAAUUUUGAUAUAAAAAAUAAUAUUUUAAAAGGCGAAGAAUGACAUCGCCUAGACUACUCUACACUUCAGAUGUCACUUUAAAGAUUCGUAUAUCUACAAGACGAGAAAGAAAGCAACUUAAAUUAAUUUGAACCUAAAAAUACUUAAUCUAAAAAAUAAUUAAUCACGAAAAAAUAUGAUAAUAAUCAAACAAGACUAUUAAAAUCUAUUAGAGAGAAUUCCCUAAAUAGGAGUAAAAAAGUUUUGAAAUUCCAAAAUAGGAGUAUCAUGUUUUUUAUUCCUUGGAUAUGAGUAAAUUUCUGCCAAGUUUGGCAUUAAUAGGCAUUAAUAGGCUUUAAUAGGGUUGGACCCGGACCGGCCCGGUGAACCGGUUGGUUGCCCAGUUCGGGCCACCCGGCCCGUUGGAUGGCGGUUCGGGCUCGGGGCCUUCAAAAGGUGAACCGGCCCGGCCAAUUCGGGCCGGGCCAUUUUUUUUUUUUUGAAUUUUUUUUAAGUUUUUGCAUUGGGCUGGGUAUUUUGGGCCAUUUGAGGUGGUUAGGGUUGGUUUGGGGGUGAGGGGGAGGGUUGGGGGUUAACUAGGAAAAGCCAAAAAAAAAAUAGAACCGAGGCCCGGCCCGGACCCGGGGGUUACCCAAGCCGGUUCCGGGCCUCCCCUUCAUGAACCGAGGCCCGGCCGGGCCUAGGCCCAAACUAGGCCCGAACCGGAACCGAUCCACCCCUAGGCUUUAUACCAUGGCAUUUUUUUCCAAGCUUGGCAGAUUACUCCUAUUCAGGGAAUAAAAAACAUGAUACUCGUAUUUUGGAAUUUCAAAACGUUUUUGCUCUAUUUAGAGCAAUUUCUAAAUCUAUUAUGAACUUUCAUUUAUACAUUAUAAUUAGUACAUCUAUUAUCUAUAUAUAUGCAAUGGUAAGAAAAAUAUCUCAUCUUUUAAUAGUUGUGAGACAAAUAAUAGAUAAAAUAGAUUAAAAAAAUAAUAAAAAUAUAACUACAAAUAAACGGGGCAUGUAUGGGACGGGUAAUGGGGCGGACAUGUGUAAAACCGUAACACACCCAUUACCCGUAAAAACAAAACGAGUAUUCUCCGCCUCAUACCUGUUACUCGGUCAAUGCGGUUUUCCCCGUUUGACCGGGGCGGUUCGAUGCAUGUGUAUUAGUG